UACGUAGGCCUAGGUGGGAGUCGACCAAAUGAGUCACAUAUAUUAUAUAGCUACUCUAAGGUCACACUGGACUGUUCAAAAUGCUGAGGACGUAUAGCUGAUUGAAAGGUUACUUCUGUUUCGAAGGCAACGAAAACGCUGGAAAACGCUUUGAUUUACAAGAUGCAAUUAAUCGCAAUCAUUGCCAUGUCCCUCACACCGGCCCUGGUGAGCAGCAAGUGUUCUUCAAGUGAAUUUCUCACCGAGGAAGGCUUCUGUUGCAGAAACCCUCAGCCAAGUUUCUACGUUACCAAGAACUGCACCCUUCAGAGUAGCAUUUCAGCAAGGCCAUGCAGCACAUGCACAGGGAUGGGCAUGAGGAUCCUGGCCAACUGCACCCGUUUCUCAGACACCAAGUGCGGUUGUGCGGACGGUUGCAGAAACGAGACUGUGACAGACCCAACGUUGUGUCCAGAGUGUACAGCACAAGAUCCUCCAGUCAAUAUCCUUGUCCCCGUUACUGCUGUUCUGCUGAUCACCAUGCUGAUUGCUCUGCUUGUGGUGUUUUGUCACUGUCACCAUAAAAGUAGACAAACAGGGAAGUUUCUGAAGAGUCCGUACCCAGUGUGAAACCUGGGGCUUUGAGAGAAGAGGUGAGAGGGUCAGUGACGAGGCUCCGACCCAUUCUGUGGAGGCUAUGGUGGGACUACAACGGCGGUGUCUUGUCAAUGUACCGUCGACCGAGCAGGUGUAGAAAAUUUUGAAAUUUGAAAUUGAAAUUUCGAUGGUCAACCCCUGCUACAAUGGCUGAGGCAGUCAUUGCUUGUGAUUAGGUUAACCCCUUUUUGCUUUUCUUUUUUUGUGAAUAAAAGAAAUUGUUUCAAGAAUGUAUGGGUUAAAGUAGCUUACAAAAUGUAUACAGCCGUAUAGUAAUCUUUUAUAAAGGUUUAGUAAUGGUGGUGUAUUGUCAUCAUGCUUACAAUAGUAUUACAUAUCAUAAUUUGGCACUACAUUUUGAAUUCUUAAAAUCUCAUCAGUUUGUAUAGAUUUACUCAAUUUAUGUUUGAUGUGGAGUCAUGUCUCUCACAAAUUGACAUACCAAAAAAAGGAAUUUAGAGACUAUGUUAAUUUAAUCAACUUUAAUAUAGCCCCACCUACUGGCUUUUGAGGGAUUUUAAAAUCUUCAGCUUUGUCAAUCCGGUUUAUGUCAUUUGAAUUGCAUUACUUGAAUUUUUAUUGAACUAAUCUGAAUUUGUAACGAUUAUACUGAAUUGUAUGUGAAUUAUUAGUGUCAGCAGGUACUGAAUUUGAAUUUCAAACUUGAAUUUGUUUUACAGUAAUCUGAAUUUAAUUUUUAAAUUGAAUUCUACUUUAAAAUUGAAUUUGAAUUGCAUAACUUGAAUUUUUGUUUCACUAUUUGACUACAGUGGUUUGAAAUUCCAUUAAAUAUUCACUUUUAAUUUCAAGUUAAAACUUCUAAUUCAAUAUUCUUUACAAUUCAGUUCUCAUUCAAUUCAAUUUCAGUUUUCUGAACACACAUCUGGGCACUUGUUCUCAAAAACAACAGAAUGUAGGUCUGAACAAAGGUUCUUACCUUUGAUCUCAGCUGUUUUUGUUGGAUUAUUUCUGAGUGUUGCACAAAACCUUUCGUAUGGAGGAUUUCUGCAAAGGAUCCUUAAGACUCAUACAUUGUAAACCGCCUGCACAUCAGAGAAUGCUUCAUAGGGCAAUUCAUGUUGACAACUGAGUUUAACUGCUUAGUCUGUUACAUUUUUUUAAACCUAUAUUUUAUCAGGCAAGUCAAUUAAGAUCGGAGAUCUUAUUUAUAAUGACCGCCUGGCAAAGAAGUUACAAAUUGGUUUAACCUAAUCAAAAAGUGAAAAUUUGUCGCUAAGAAUUUUGGUCCAGGAAAAUUUCCCUGACAAUACAUUUUGAACCUUGCUGAACUUCAGCAUAAAACUAACAAGAACUGACUUGUUUUGUCAUUUUUGUUUGUUUUUUAUAUUUAGUUAUAUUUGCUAACUACUUAUAUAUUUAAAUUCAUAAAUCAAAUAUUUAAUAAAUAUAUUUAAUAAAUAAAUAAAUAGGGCGACAACUGGAAUUACUUAGAGCUGUUCAUGAUAUUAAUGCUAUGCCUUGCCUUGAUUGAGUGGAUAGUGUCUGUAUGGAUGUAUUUGCAUCUGUUUAUCUGUUUUUUCUUCUUUCAUUAUUAUAUAAUUAUUACACUUGUUAUAGCAUUAACCUCAGGGUUUUGGUUUUGUUUAAAGAUCCAUAAUAGAUCUUGCUUGGAACUGGGGUGUUCAGUCCUACCCGAGGGAGGCUGGUGCAGACAUCAGCUUUCUUCUUUUUUUUACAUCCCAUUGAUAUGAAACCCUGUGCAAUCAAAAUCACUAAUAGCUACACGUAACGAACUGAAGAAAGCAAAUGCCGUGAUAUUUUAUCCCAUUUGCGAUGUUAAACGAGGCUUUUCUUUGUAUGAAAGCUGUUCUAAUACUGCCCCCUAUGGGAGUAUUUGGUGCUUAUCUUUUUGAAACCAUGUUUCUUGUAUAAUGUCAAUGUCAUAAAUUAUUUUGACAAUUUAUUACUCAGGGGUGAACUUGUUCUGAAUUUACAUUGAGUUCACACGUUUAGAUACAACAUUAAAAGGGAAAUUUUGUAAUUUCCUUUUUUCUGUUACUGUUUCUUGUGUUUUUAUACAUUUGGAAAAAGCAAAUGCACAUCUUAACCUAGGAGCUUAAUGAACACUUUAAAUUAAAGAAAUUGAUUGUACGGGGUUUGCAGGGAACUAACUGGCAUUCAUGUUUCUGUCUCUGGAUGAAUUCAUACAGAGUUCCUGAUUUUAACAUUGAAUACUGGCAGAAACCAUGCUGAAACUUAAGUGAUCAUUUGAGACCAUUUUUGUGUCACAUACAUUUGCCUAUUAUAUAUCUUCAUUCUGAGCAUACUUAAUGUUUGUGACUAUCUCCGGUUUUUUAAAAAUGUACUUAUAACAAUGCUUGUCUAUUGUCACUGCAUUGUUGCUGUUUUCUUUCUUUUUGUCUGAAAGUUGAGUUGGCUGUUAUUCAGUUGAAUGUACUGUGAAGUGAAAUAUAAUGCUGUCUUUUUUGUUAGGAGACCUCUCAAAGGUACUGCUAUACUUGGUUUACAAUAUCCCAUAGUGUGAGAGAUGCUUUUUGCUCAUUUAAAUUUAAAUGACUGAUUUAUGAUACCAUUCUAUGCUCAUGAUGCUACUGUAUCAGCUCUAAUGGGUUCUCCGCAAACCAGAUAUGACAAUAAAUUAUAUUGUGAAA